CGGCUCAGUCACCGAGCGCGGGGCCGGGGCGUUCCCGUUCCCGCUUUCCCAGCGCCCGCCGCCUGCGAGCACCCCGCAACCCGCAGCCCGGCGCGGACUCUGAUCGCCGCAGCCGCCCGCCGGCGUCAUGUCGCAGACCGGAGCGCCGGGGAUGCAGGAGGAGAGCCUGCAGGGCUCCUGGGUAGAAUUGCACUUUAGCAAUAAUGGGAACGGGAGCAGCGUUCCAGCCUCGGUUUCUAUUUAUAAUGGUGACAUGGAAAAAAUACUGCUGGAUGCCCAGCAUGAGUCUGGCCGGAGUAGCUCCAAGAGUUCUCACUGUGACAGCCCACCUCGCUCACAGACACCGCAAGAUACUAACAGAGCUUCAGAAACAGAUACCCACAGCAUUGGAGAGAAGAACAGCUCACAGUCCGAGGAAGAUUAUAUUGAGAGAAGGAAAGAAGUUGAAAGCAUCUUGAAGAAAAACUCAGACUGGAUAUGGGAUUGGUCAAGUCGGCCGGAAAAUAUUCCCCCCAAGGAGUUCCUCUUUAAACACCCGAAGCGCACGGCCACCCUCAGCAUGAGGAACACGAGCGUCAUGAAGAAAGGGGGCAUCUUCUCUGCAGAAUUUCUGAAGGUUUUUCUUCCGUCUCUGCUGCUGUCUCAUUUGCUGGCCAUUGGAUUGGGGAUCUAUAUUGGAAGGCGUCUGACAACCUCCACCAGCACCUUUUGAUGAAGAACUGGAGUCUGGCUUUGCUCGUUAGUGGGAUUACUUCUGAGUUUGCAGCGUAGCUCACUGAAGAGCUGUUCAAUCCUCGGGCGUGCCACUUGUGUUUAUUUGUUCUGUACAUGCUGCGUUCCUAAUUUAGUAAAACGAAAGAAUAGACACUAAAAUGUUGAUCUAUAAUUAUACCUAUGGGAUCAAUUAAUACGCAUGUCAGACUGAUUACUGUAAAAAUUUGGUAGUGAAUUUUCAUUGGAUAUUAGAUAGAAAUUCUGAAUAUAAAUAAUUUUAAUAUACUAGUUAUGAUGUAUGUUGUAUUUUAAAAAUUAUCUGUAACCUUAAUUCCGUUAAAGUACUUUAUAUUUCAAAAUAAUGAAGAACAUUGAUAAUAAAAUCGCUACUUUAAGGGGUUUGUCCCACAAUAAAUAUUGUGGCCUUAUGUUAUCACACUAUUGUAGAAAGUAUUUAAUUUAAAUAGAUGCAGGUUGUCUACUAAAGAUUAUGCGUAUCUAUGCUAAUUGUUUGUAAUAAACCAAGAUAGAGCUACAGACUCAACUGUAAAGGUCAUACGCUAAACUCUUACUUUUGCAGCAUAAGGAAUGAAGUCCCCGACUGUAAGGUAGUCACCUGGGAUGAUCAGUUUCUGCCGAAGCACCUGCUCAGUGUCUUUUCCUCUAUCAUCACUCUGCACUGGUGAAUUUAAUGCUCUCUGCUCAACUUUUGUGUGCUUUUAAAAUCAGCUGUAUUCUAAGCAAAUCUCUGUCUACUUUAAAAGACUGGAAAUGACAAAUAAUAAACCUUUGCCAAAUCCUUCA